AUGCAGCCGCACAAUCUUUCCGGAAAAACACUGCAACCGGGUCCAGACCAGGUUACGAAUGCGAUGCUGCGCAACCUGAGCCGGGAGUCACUGAAGCAGCUCACGACCUACUUCAACAACAACGCCACAUGUUUCGGCACAGGUAACUGCAUAUCGUGCCUGGCGGACCCAAAGAAGCGGACAGGCCACAUCCCGUACAGGGACAGUACGCUUACCAAGCUGCUGGCCGACAGCCUCGGCGGCAGUGGAAUGGCUCUAAUCAUCGCCUGCGUUUCCCCGAGCUCUUCCAAUGCACACGAGACGAUCAACACGCUGAGGUACGCAUCCAGGGCCAAGAGGGUCAAGACGAAGCCAAUGGUCCGAAUGGUGAGCGAACUCGUGAGGGCCGAAUACUCAAGACACGCGAUUCAAGCGUCAGCAGAAGCACUGCAGAAUCCGUUCCUCGGUUGCAGGGCUGUUGCUGUGCGAGAGAAAAAGUAUAAGCUGGCAUUUUAAGUGUGGCGCCGUCCCACUUAGCGCAAUAAUUGCCGCGCAUGAGAACUUUAAUGGUAAAUUCGCUCGCAUCAGGUGGACUCUAUUGACGUAGA